AUGAAAGAGAUUUCAGAUGAAAUUAUGAUUAUUGGAAUCGACGUUUAUCACAAAACAGAAAAGAAGAUUAAUUCUUGUGUUGGAUUCAAUGCUUAAUUUGGAUAGUAAGGUGAUACAAAUUUCACAAAAACAAUAAUAGUAGAUUAAGGUAAAGAAAUUAAUAAAGAUAUCGCAAACCUUUUAGAACAAAGUCUAGAAGAAUAUUAGAAAAUUAAAAUUAUAAACUACCAGAAACUAUUGUAAUAUUUAGAGAUGGAGUAGGGAACUCAUAAAUAAAUUAUAUUAAGAGGAAGUAGAAACGAUGAAAUAAAUCAUUAAAAAUAAAUAUAACUUUAAAUUGCCAUAAUUUGCAUUUAUAAUAAUAAAGAAAUUUAUGGAGUGGUUAUUGCAGACAGAGUCGUCUCAUCUCAUUUUGAUUGUUUCAUGAUUGCAUAAUAAGUUCAUUAAGGAACUGCUACUCCAACACAUUAUACAGUUUUAGAAAAUACCACUAAUUGGAAAGAAGAAUUAUUUUGGAAAUUUACAUAUUAUUAAUGUUAUAAUUAUAAAAACUGGUGUGGACCAAUCAAAAUACUUGCUUGUGUUUAGAAUGCUCACACAGCUGCAUACAGAACAGGGGAGGUUAUCUAAGAUAACGCAUGUUCUUCUUUAGAAUCAAAGCUAUUUUAUCUAUGA